GGGUUAUACAGUACUUUUUCACUGUUGGGCUGGUGAGCUAUCUUUAUCUAGUGAGAGAAAUUGCCUCUCUCUUUCAGCCUGGAGAGAAGGAUUGUCUCUGCUUUUCGCUGUCUCUUUGGAAAGAAAAGAGUUGUCACUCGGUGUCUUCGGAGACACCUGGUCUCUGGGAUGAAGGUCUCUUUCUCCAAGGAAAGGAGGUCGUGUGUGUGUCUGAGAAAGGAAGUUUUGCAUCUUUUUCUCCCCUCUCGGAAAGGUGACGACUCCAUCUCUCUGAAGAGAAAGCUUGCCCUUCAACGGAAGGUUCUGCUGUUCUCGCUGUGGGCGCAGAUUCCCCCGCCCUUUCCGGAGCGAAAGUGAAACGAACGCAGAAGGGAGGAAGGCUAACCAGCCGACGGUAGAAGACCGAGGGUCAUGGGCCGGACGGGGAGUUCAUUGUGGAUCGUGUCGGCGGUGAUCGCGCUGAUGGUCCUGGUGCCGCUUUCAGAAGGAAAUUUGAAGCUGAAAACGAAUAAAGGUCCAGUGGAAGUAAUCCUUCACAAAAAUAGCCUUCUGCAGUGUGAAAUUGCCAACCUGGCUGGGAUCUCAUUGAACCCAAAGAAUUUAGGCAUCUUAUGGGUUUUCAGUCAGGGUACUGAAAGAGUAAAUAUCCUUAUGUAUUCUAAUGGCAACAUAACAUCUCAAUGGGAAGAAGCUGAGCUGUCUGCAAACGCCAUUCAAAAUGGAAGCAUGUCACUUUUACUGAGAAAUGUUACAUUGAAACAUAGUGGAGAGUACAAGUGUGAGGUUGUUAUUCCACCAGAUUAUAAAGAAUUCGUGAUGAUGAAGCUUGAAGUUUUAGCACAACCCACGGUGACUGUUGUUUCCAGAAAGGUUGUGGAAGUUGGCAAUGGUGGCGAGAUGUUCUUGGGUUGUCAUUUGAAUGGAUAUUAUCCUUGUGAAAGCAACGUGGAAUGGUUUCAGUCAAGUCCAUCACAAAGUAAAACAAAACUGUUAACAGAUCUAUGCAUUACCCCACCAGUCAAAAAUCCUGAUGGAACAUGCAAAGUAACCGCUGAAGUUCGGUUUGAACCUCAGAAAGAAGACAUUGGCAGCAGUUUCGGAUGUCGUGUGACACAUAAGACUUUUGCAGAACCAUACACUGUGAAUGCUGCAGUGACUUUGAAAGAAGCAGAAAUUCGAAUAUCCAAAAGAGCAAUAGUUGGAAGCGUCACUGCAAGCAUUAUCAUCUCUGUAUUGCUACUAGGAAUAGGAAUUUUUCUUUACAUGUGGUACAUGUACAAAGUUCCACCCAAGUUAUCAGAUAUUCAGUUGCCAGCUCGAAUUAUACACCAAGAACUUGCAGAGAUCACUUGCCAUGUGUCUGGAUUCCGACCUAAUAAGAUUCAUGUUUGGUGGUAUUUGAAGACACAAAGUGACGCUAGGGAGAAAUUAAUUGGCGAAUUCAAAAGAUAUCAGAUGAUAGGAAGGUUUUGGGGAAAAAACAGGAUACAAGAAAUAGAGCUAGGAAAUAAAACUCUGGUUAAUUGGAAACACCGCACACCAAAUUUCCAGGACAAUGAUGAUGGAACAUACAGCCUUUCUAGCACUGUUGAAGUUUAUCCUGAUCUAACAAUGGAUGACAGAGUAGAAGUCAUAUGUAGAGUGUGGCAUCCGACUGGAACAGAGGAAAAACAUAUCUGCUUACGUGUUGAUGGAAUUGCUCCUAAAUUGUCCGACAUAAUUAUACCUCAUGUUGUGCAGCAUAACAGUUUAGUGAUGCUGACAUGUCCAAUAAAUUUUUUCAAGCCCCGUCCUUUAGUAAUCAAAUGGUAUAGAAACAUAAAAGGGGAGAAAUCACUCCUGAUGGACACCGAAGAUGAAGUAACUUCCUCUGUUGGCCGAUAUUCUCAUAAUGUGAAAGAGUUUAGUUUUCCUGGCAACACUUACAGUGUCUACAGCAUGUUGACCUUUAAAGCAACAGUACAAGAAGAUGAUGGUGAUGAGUAUUUCUGUGAAGUGGAUCACGUGAGUUUGAAACAUCCAGAAGAAAAAUGUAUUAAGCUGGAUGUAAAAGCAUUUCCUUCACUUAAUCCCAUCCUGUGUGACCCAGUGAACCCUAGAAUAGACAAAGAGUUGACUCUUUCUUGCAACGUGCAUUCAUUUUAUCCUAAAGAAAUUACUGUCCAGUGGUUCAAAGAUAAGAAGGCGAUAAUGGACUUUGAAACAUCUGAAAUAAUUGAGAAUCCUGGCAACGAAUUGUAUGAAUUAACCACUACUUGCACAGUAACUCCAACGUUAUUGGACUUAGAGAGUAAAUACCGAUGUCAGGUUAAUCACAAAACCCUUUUACUUCCAAAGUUUGUGGAAUAUAUUCCUGAAAGUUUAGUAUGUUCGCCCAAAAUAAAUGAAAUUACCUGUGAUCCUGUCAACCCUGAAAUUGGGAAGGCAUUGACCUUGGCCUGUGAAAUAAAGGAGUUUUAUCCAGAGGAAAUUCAAAUUGAUUGGUUCAAAGAUAACGUGAGAAUAAAUGAAAAUACAAAAUAUGGAAUCAUUAAUGAAGAAUUAAAAAGUGAAAAUGGUUUAUACAACAAAGUCACCAAAUUAAUGUUGAUUUCAAGCUCUGCUGAUCAUCAAGCUGAAUUCAGAGUUGAAGCUUAUCAUUCAAAUUUGUCUGCAAAACCCCAGAACCAAUGCUUUCAAUUGUUUCUUAAAGGUGCACCGAGAUUUUCAGACUUCAACAUCGAGCCAAAGAUUCCAUCGUAUGGUCAUCAUUUAUCUGUGUCUUAUAGGGUGUAUGAUCUUCCAAGUAAAGAUUUUACUUUUGAGUGGUACAAAGGAGCUGAGCCUGUGAAAAUAGGAGUAACUCAUUCAGAUUUUGUAUGUACCCCUCAGAAGACUUACAAUAUAGAGAGUUGCCUUAAUUUUGUAGUGAUCGCAGAAGACUUUGGAAAAGAGUUAGUCUUUCUGUGUAAAGACCAUUCUAAAAAUGAAUUCAAAAAACACAUGCAACUUCCCCUGAAAGCUGUGCCUCCUGAAGUAUCAGAAAUCAAGUGUACUCCUGUUCAGCCGAAAAUGGGUGGAAAUGCCACUCUUACUUGCAGGAUUGAACACUUUUGCCCAGUGGAUAUAGAUGUAGUGUGGACACAAGGAUCAAAGACAUUGAAGGAUCAGCAAGUGGUAGAAGUACCGGAAAUGAAUGAAAAUGGACUGUACUCCACAAUUACAGAACUGCCAAUUGUAUUAACAGGAGAUUCAAAAACUUAUAUUUGUGAAAUUCGACAUGCACCGUCCGAUGAUAUUGUAGAAAAGACAUUCACAUUACAGAUUUAAGUAUGUUUUGUAAUUUCACAACUUUGCAGUGUUCAUAAUUUCACCACCUCCAGUGCAGAAUUCUUACAGUAAGUGGUGAGGCAGAGCAGAGUUCUUUGUGAAUUUAUAUUAGAAGCUUCUUUAAAGUGUUUUCAGUUCAAAGUUGAAAAGCAAAUUUAUUAUCAAAGUACAAAUAUGUCACUAUUUACAGCUCUGAGAUUCAUUUUCUGUGGGCAUUCUCAAUAAAUCCAAUAACCAUAAUAGAAUCAAUGAACGACUGCACCCAACAGGACAGACAACCAGUGUGUAAAAUACAACAAACUGUGGAUAUACAAAAGAAAAAUAAGGAAUAAUAAUAAUAAAUAAGCAAUGAAUCUCGAGAACUUGAGAUGACAAGCCCUUGGAAGUGAGUUCAUAGGUUGUGGGAACUGUUCGAUGAUGGAGCAAGUGUAGUCCUGAGACUCCCGUACUUUUUUCCUUUAACCACUUACUGGUUUUGCCAAGUGGGUUUGCAUAACUCGUUGAAGAUCCAACUUGCUCCAGCUAUGAGAUUGUAUUCAUCAUUGGUACAAAACCUAGUCAAAUGCUCAGUCAAUGAGAGGCAGCACAUAAUGGUUACUUGGCAAAUGAAACUUAAGUAAAAUUUUUUAUUUACAGGUAAUUCAUAUGCUCAUUAGAGAGACAGUCCUUUUUGACUACUUGAAUACAUAGUUUCUGGAAGAGAGUCGGGAAGUUAUAUGAAUAUUAUGUCAAAGGUAUUGAGAAAAAAAUUGAUGUGCAAAUCCAAGUGUCAAGAGCUUGAAGUGGGUGAGUGCCACAUGGAUGUUUGGCAACAUUUCAGUUGUACAGUAUUAACCAUUCAUUGAUUUUUAGUGAAUACAAUCAAUAUAGAAGCUUCUGGAAAGAUCAUCAUUUACUUUGGUGUCAUGAAAUUGACUCAUUUAGGGGUCGUUUACAAAGAGACCAGGUUAUGUGUGCAGAUGAAACAUGCUUUUAAGCUAGCUUAUAAACAGGGAGAAACCCUUGAGAAUAUUUACCACUCACGAGCAUCUUUAAUUGAUUAAAGCACACUGUGCAGGGAUCUUAGGCCUGUAUGAAUAUAGCAUACACUGUGUAUUCCCUACACAAUCAAAAUAAAAAAUUGUAAUUGAACUUGCAAUUGUGCACAGCAAAUAAAACAGAGGUAUCAAAACAAAAAAAAGACUUAAAAAUCUAAAUUUAACAGAAAGGCUAUUCUCUAACUUACCAUUAACAAGUUUGAAGGAAUGAAAUUCUGCCCUAGAAAAUUAAUUUUCAUGCUAGAAAGCUUACGUGGGAAGAAUUAGAUAAUGCUAUCUUUCCAGAGGAGAUAAAGUUUUAUCUUACUAGUUUAAUUUGUAUCUAUCAUGUAAAUAAUACUAGUUUAGCUAUUUGAUUCGUAAGUCUGUCAGUCAUUUAGCACAAUUCUAGAUUAAUGGUGGAAUCUGGAUUGUAGCUUUCUCUUUUUGAUGUUUGAUUUCCGGUACAGUUUCUGGAAAUCACAGUGCGAUUUACAAUGAUUUAACAAUGAACAUGUUUAGUCUCACUUUUUUUUUCCAAUAGAAAAUGUAAACUAACCUUUCACACUAAGUAUUUGUAUCUGGAAAAGUUUAUCUACUGAAAAGGUUUUAAAAUACUAUGUCUAUAUACUGUACUGAAUAGUUCUUGCAGUACAAAAUACAGUAUGUAUUUAUGGUCUGAAUACAGAUGAGCAGUUUCUUUUUAAAUCCAGGGAAAUAAGUAAUACAGGACUCAUCAAAAUACAGUUGUAAUUUUAAAUGGAAAUUGUUUAUUUUGUUUAAUUAGUUAAAUUUCAGGGUAUUAUGCAGUGACAAUGCUUUAUGACAUACUGAAAUUAUUCUUCUAGCUAGUCCCUUAGGUUUAAGUGUGCCUACUCCCAUUGCAAUCUUGCAGGUUCUGAGUUUGCUAGUGAGAUCACUGUGCAAAUUUCGGACUCAAUAGAUGGUGGCUCACUGUGUGCAUGGAUAGGUAUUCUGUGAGGUUGUCUGUACUUCUGCAGAUUUCCAUAUUUUCCAUACAUCAGGCUUUGAGGUUCUCAUUGUCAUCCCAGAUACUUAAGACUUUCCCUUUCGAGAAAUCGCUGGCCAGAUAUUCCCAUGUCAUGGAAUAAUAGGGUCAUAAAAUAUUAUUACACAGGCACAGACCCUUUGGCCCAUCUAGUUUGUGCUGGACUAUUAAUCUGCAAUCGACCUGCAUUGGGACCAUAGCCCUCCAUAACCCACCCAUCUAUGCACAGUGGAUUUUGGUUAAUUGGGACAGAUUGAAAACAGUACAUAUAGCACUAUUCAGUGGCUGCCCCAAUUAGCUGAAGUUUCAUGGAAAUAGAUAAAGGUAUAAAAAAAGAUAAACUGAAAAACAAAUUAUGUAUUCAAAUGAAAUACAGAAUUAAAAAUCUACCAAUAGUGCUACAGAAAUAUAAAACUGUAUAUUAGUUCCUAAUAGUUAUCAAAGGAGGAAUUCAUCCAGUGUACACAAUGAACAAAAUUAGCAGAGACACACACCUUCAUACAAUGCUAUUGAUUUUUUAAACAAUAUUUUUAUUGAAUUUUACAUACAUUUCACAUAUACAAAUAAACAAUAAUAAUAAACUAAAUACUGAAACAUAUCAUCAUGUUUUUCACAAUCAUCAAAGGAAAAGAAAUAUAACAUUUCACAUAUUUAACAAAGAAAUAAAAUAAAAACACAUCAGGAAAAAAAACCGUAGAAGCACUCAAGAACACACAGCUAUUUGAAAAUGACUGCACCGGGACGUCCAAGAAACUACAAUAAAGGUUUCCAAAUAUUUUCAAAUUCUCCUACCCUUCCUCUGAUUAUGUAAGUCAAUCUCUCCAAUACAAGAUGCCAUCUCCUUCACCCAUACAUGUAUCGAAGGUCUUUCCAUUUUGUUCCAACAUAAAGCCAUCAUCCUGCUGGCCUGCAGGAGUCCAAAGUCAAUUAAAAUAGACUGUUUUGAACUAACAGUAAAGUUCUGCGGAUAUAUACGUAGUACACACAUUUUUGCUAUGUGAGGCACCUUUACUCCAACAAUCUCAGAUAUAGUGUGAACAACUGUUUUCCAGUUUUUAAAAAAAUUUUGGACAGUUCCACACACAGUGAAACAGAGUACUCUUUCCUUCUAAACAUUUAACACGUGUCCGGGAUGUCGGGACCAACAGAUCAGUUUGACCAGGAUAAUAUAAGUUCUCAUUAACCAUUUGUAUUGUAAUAACUUCAUUCUUGUGUUAAUAGAUUGUUUUUGGGCUUGUAAGCAUGCCAUUUCCCACUCAGUUUCUUGUAUGUCCUCUUGAACAUCCAGUCUCCAUGCCUCUAGCCUGUCAAUGGUGGACUUCUUAUGAUAUGACAUCAAAGCUGUAUAGAAUAAAGAAAUCUGACUCCUCCCCUUUAUGUUUAGAAUGAGAUUUUCAAGAUGUGAUAGUGGUGGUUCAGAUAUUAAAUGCUUAUAUUUUGAUAGUAUAAAAUAUUUCAGUUGCAAAUAUUUUAAAAGUGUUUUUUUAGGAAUAUGGUAUAGAAACAUAGAAACUAGGUGCAGGAGUAGGCCAUUCGGCCCUUCGAGCCUGCACCGCCAUUUAUUAUGAUCAUGGCUGAUCAUCCAACUCAGAACCCCGCCCCAGCCUUCCCUCCAUACCCCCUAACCCCCGUAGCCACAAGGGCCAUAUCUAACUCCCUCUUAAAUAUAGCCAAUGAACUGGCCUCAACAGUUUCCUGUGGCAGAGAAUUCCACAGAUUCACCACUCUCUGUGUGAAGAAGUUUUUCCUAAUCUCGGUCCUAAAAGGCUUCCCCUCUAUCCUCAAACUGUGGCCCCUCGUUCUGGACUUCCCCGACAUCGGGAACAAUCUUCCUGCAUCGAGCCUGUCCAAUCCCUUUAGGAUCUUAUACAUUUCAAUCAGAUCCCCCCUCAAUCUUCUAAAUUCCAACGAGUACAAGCCCAGUUCAUCCAGUCUUUCUUCAUAUGAAAGUCCUGCCAUCCCAGGAAUCAAUCUGGUGAACCUUCUUUGUACUCCCUCUAUGGCAAAGAUGUCUUUCCUCAGAUUAGGGGACCAAAACUGCACACAAUACUCCAGAUGUGGUCUCACCAAGGCCUUGUACAACUGCAGUAGUACCUCCCUGCUCCUGUAUUCAAAUCCUCUCGCUAUAAAUGCCAGCAUACCAUUUGCCUUUUUCACCGCCUGCUGUACCUGCAUGCCCACUUUCAAUGACUGGUGUAUAAUGACACCCAGGUCUCAUUGCACCUCCCCUUUUCCUAAUCGGCCACCAUUCAGAUAAUAAUCUGUUUUCCUAUUUUUGCCACCAAAGUGGAUAGCUUCACAUUUAUCCACAUUAAAUUGCAUCUGCCCUGAAUUUGCCCACUCACCCAACCUAUCCAAGUCACCCUGCAUCCUCUUAGCAUCCUCCUCACUGCUAACACUGCCACCCAGCUUCGUGUCAUCCGCAAACUUGGAGAUGCUGCAUUUAAUUCCCUCAUCCAAGUCAUUAAUAUAUAUUGUAAACAACUGGGGUCCCAGCACUGAGCCUUGCGGUACCCCACUAGUCACCGCCUGCCAUUCUGAAAAGGUCCCGUUUAUUCCCACUCUUUGCUUCCUGU